AGAAGAACAGCUCGACCAAGGCUCGAAGGCCACGAUAUAAUACCGGUCCCCUUCCAUUUUACGUUCUUCUUUCCUUAUACCUGCAUUUCCCAUUCGUUCGAACAGAACAUACUUCAUACCAAAUCGAAAUACAACAGAACAUACCAGAUCGAAACACAACAGAACAUAACACAGCCAUGGUGAACCACGACAACCCCAACGCAUCCAACGAGGUGGAGCGCCCACAGAAAUACGACUGGGAGCACGUUCCGACGAAGCAUAGAUUCGCCGCACGGCUGGUGCUCCCCUUCGUUUCGACCAAAUACAAGACGGACGUGACGAUGCGGUGUCUGUUGAGGGCGCUCACCACGCGCGUCGUCCCCGCGGACGAGGAAGACGACGAGGACAGCCAGCUGAUCCAGUCGCACCCAGAGCUGUGGAGGGCGCCGUCGAUGAAGCGCACAUUCAACGCAGACACCUUCUUCUCGCUGUACUAUGCGCACUUCCAGCGCGCGGCGCCGCUGCUGUUCCGGAAGCUCCGCAAAGACGUCUUCUUCCUCGACGAGGAACACUACCAGCAGCAGUUCGUGCAGCCGCUAAGGCCCGUCGAUGGCCUCGGCUUCUCCGGCUCGCUGUUCUUCUACACCCACGAUAAGUCGCUGCUCAUCAAAAGCGUCGGAAGAAAAUUUGAGUAUGCGUUCCUCUACGAUAAGAUGCUCGACGGGUACACGUUCUACGUCUCCCAGAACUCGGCGGACACCCUGUUGUCGCGCAUGACGGACGUGCUGUACACGUUCGACCACCGGCUGGGCGGGUGGCUGGGCGUUUCGCCGGCGCACUACAUGGUGAUGACGAACGUUCUCGAGGGGCUUGACAAGGAGAAGGGAUGCCGCAAGUGGGACUUGAAGCCGCAGAACUUCUUUGAGCCGACGCGAGACCUGGUGCCGGACUCGGUCAAGACCGAGGCUGCAAAGAGUGGGCUCGCGGAUGAACUCGACGAGGAUAUCGUGCUCACGAGAAUGGAUAAGCUCGUCCUCAUGCAGCUGCUAGAGAGAGAUACGGGAUUCCUGAGGGAUAUGCAGACCAUCGAUUACUCGCUCCUCCUGGGGAGAUACCCCAUCGACAUGUUCCACCCCCCGAGGGACGAUGGCGUGCGGGAUCCCAUGGUGCUGCCGGUGGAGGGAAGUAGGGAUUUUAUCCAGGGCGUGAGGAGUGCCGAUGGGAAGUGGGUGUAUAAAAUGUGUCUGUUGGAUUUCCUCUGGAAUGUCGAGCAGCUCCAGCCAAGGGUUAUGCAAACUGCUGGAAAGCUCCUGCCGGAACAGACGGUUACGACAGAGCCGGAGAGGUAUAGGGAGGAGUUCUUGAACAUGAUGGAUGAGUACAUCGUCGUCUGGGAUGAGCAGCGCGGAGCUAUCGAGGAUGAGGAAGAGGACUAGGCGCUAGAUGUGAUCGUGUGAGGAGAUGCGGAGGCUAUUUGGGAGUUGGUGUAUCUGGCGUUUCGUUUCGUUACCAUUGAUGGUCGUUUAAUUUGUUUUUUCAUGAUUCCUUCGCAUUCUCCAUUGGUACAGGAUGAGCGGUUGUGAAGUUGUUGGCACCCCCAGUCUACAAAUACAAUGCGGAUACAGAUAUAGUGCACA